AUGUUGCGCUUUCAAGGCCGUCGUGGAGCAUCGGCGGCCGGCGUUGGAACCACACCCACCGGCGAUGGCACCUCCUUGACUACAUCGGGCCGCUCCUCGCUGGUACCUACGACGCUGCGCGAUAUGGAACAGGACUUGGAGCUCCAGCGGCACCUGGCGGCUCUGGCUGCUGCGGGCCAGCAGGCUCUAACUCGAGAGGAGCGGCUCAAGCGGCAGCGCUCCUUGGAUGCCCUGGGGGCCCCGUCCUUCUACGCCACUUGCCAGUCUCAGGGAGUGACCCCCUUGAAGCGCUCCCCAGCCCGCAUCCUGCAACUCAACAUCGGGCUGUACUGCAACCAGGCUUGCAGCCACUGCCACGUGGAGUCCUCCCCGCGCCGUACAGCCGAGCAGGCCAGCAGGGAGACGGUGGACCGUGUUCUGGCCCUGCUGCGAGAUACCGCCCCUAACUCCCCCCGGAGGGAAUCAUCCCCGUCCUCUUCCGCUUCCUCUUCCUCUUCCUUGGCGGCCAUCGGCACUCUGGAUAUCACGGGAGGGGCGCCCGAGCUGAAUGAGAACUUCAGGUAUCUGGUCAGUCAGGCCGCCCCUCUGGGUGUGGAGAUCAUCGACCGCUGCAACCUGACGGUGCUGUUGGAGCCCGGCCAGGAGGACCUCGCGGACUUCUUGGCGGCACACAAGGCGAGGAGGGGGACCAGCCGGGAGGCAGCGGGACCCCGGGGUGUCCCCCUUACCCCGCCAUCCCAUCCCCAGGUCCGUGUGGUCGCCUCCCUGCCCUGCUACUCGGAGGGCAAUGUGGACCAGCAGCGGGGACGAGGUGUAUUUGAGCGCUCCAUCGCUGGCCUAAGGCUGCUCAACGCGGCGGGUUAUGGAGUGGAGGGAAGUGGACUGCAGCUGGACCUCGUGUACAACCCAGGGGGGGCCUUUCUGGCUCCCAGCCAAGCCAAGUUGGAGGCCGCCUACAAGUCGGAGCUAGGCUCCACGUACGGCAUUUCCUUCAACCGGUUGCUGGCCAUCAACAACAUGCCCAUCAAGCGCUUCGCUGACUGGCUUGUGCAGAGAGGGCAACUGCAAGCCUACAUGCAACUGCUGCUCAGCAACUUCAACCCCGCGGCGGGGGAGGCACUCAUGUGCAGGCAAGUGGUUCCUGAGGAGGGAAGGGACAGGGGCAGAGCCGAAGCAAAGGCAUGUAGGGACACGAUCAGUGUGCGGUGGGAUGGCACUCUGUAUGACUGCGAUUUCAACCAGCAACUGGAUCUGGCUAUUCAGCAAAAGCAACAGCAGCAACCGUCCCAUGAUGAGGCCCGGGGAGUGUCUUCCAGACCCUUGAGCAUCUGGGAUAUACAGUCCCUGGAUGAGCUGACUGGGAAGGGCAUUCACUGUGAUAAUCACUGCUAUGGCUGCACUGCGGGUUCGGGAUCCAGCUGCCAGGGCGCUGUGGCGUGA